GAUGAGGUGUCCCCUGAGCCUCCUCUCCAGGCUAAACAGCCCCAGCUCCCACAGCUGCUCCUCAUCGGACUUGUCAUCCAGUCCUUUCACCAACCUCGUUGCCCUUCUUUGGACAUGCUCCAGCACCUCAAUAUCCUUCCUAAAUUGUUCUGAAGCCAAAAAUGCCAGCGAAAGCCUGGUGCUGGCUGCAUGUCAAGCCAUUGGCAAGGCUCAUGGAAAUGCACAAGGGGAAGGGCUGAAGGAGGAUGCUGCCCCUGAGACUGUUUAGUUUUAUAAAGGAACCUGACUUUUCUAGACCAGACUACUGAGUUGUCAUCUCAGAAGUGGUGUUACAACACCUUUGGUCAAAUAACCUCACUGGAAGUAUUAAGUGGCACGAACUGAAGUUUACUGGCUCUAGGUCACCUGUCAAACAUGGGAGAAAAUCCCCUCCCUACGUCUUGGAUCUCUACGAAAAGUACUCUCAGGUUUAUCUGGAAAUAAACACUCUACUACUAAGAGUACUAGUAGUAGUACUAGUACUUAGUACUACUAAGUAUAAUGUUGAUUGGGGGAAUAAUGUAAAAGGCACAAUUUAUUUAAGUUUUCACUUUGUUUAAUGAAUUAUGCUGAAUUCAAAAAGCAGUGAAUUCAGAGGUAACUUAGAAAAAUGCAUAUUCUCAGAUCAUCUUGGGUUUUUUUCUAAUGAUAAAAUUUACUUGCAUUUCUCCAUACAAAGAAUAAUACAAGAAAUGUGAGGUGCAGGAAAACUGAGAUACUUUCUAGAAGUAUAAUACUUAAAUAAUAAGAGAAAUCCAAAGACCUAGCUUGCACAGCUAUCACAAAAUACAACUGCUUAUUAGGGUCUUAUUCACAUUGCUUAACCUUAUAGAAACAACCCUACUUGUGUCCUUUCAACACUUAGAGAGCCAGUCAGAAAAAGGACACUGAAACUUCAAAAAUUCUCUUUUGGGCUACAUGUGAAAUUUCCUUUAUGCCGUCUGAACAUGGUCAUCCAACCCAGGAAAAUGUGGUUGCUAAAUUUUCAUUUUAGAGUUCACCAUCAGAUACGUCUCAAACUGAAGGGCAACCAUCAUCUUUUUUCAACACAUCAAUAAAUUCCUCAGUGGAAAGGUGAUGAAAGGAAAGGCAAGGAGUCUACUGAGGUGGAACACCACUCAUUGAGCAAUGGAAGAGCUGAUGCUCGUUACAAUCAGCUCAGUGUAACUUAUCAGGCCCUCAAUGACAAACAUUAAAACAAGUGAUUUCCUGAGAACCUGCACCCUUUGCCACCCCCCUUUUUGGAGGAAUGCUUAGGCUGUUGUCAUCAAAUGGGGUCACAUCCUGGCUAAAUCCAGAAGAGCGGGUUGAUGGAGCACAGGGGGAUGAGAACGGAAUUGGCAAGAAGGGUAGAAAGGACUGUGCUUGUCAGAAACUCUGCUUUGUGCUCUCUGAAGAAGGUUGAAUCCAAAGUGAGUCAUGCUGCUACCUCAACCAUUUUCCAUUGGCCAUGAAUGUCCUGCUAUGUUUCAUUCUUUAGAAUUAUCCCUGUCCCAACCACAUGCUGUUAUCCCACUGGCUCCAGGGCAUUUUAGUCUGUGCUCUUUUGAAAGGGUGGAGGAGGCUUCCCUUCUUUGGGAAAUGUCCCUGGCUACAGUUGUGGUGCUGCCAGGAGAACCACCAUUUCAGUAACUUGCACAAGCUGAAGUGAUUGUGUGGCAUAAAAUGGUUCUGUUUCUCAGAGGCUGGCUAUACUCACUGUUAGGUAACCAGCUACAUGAGUUACAAGUGAGCAUUUCUGCUGCCAUUCUGUGAAUUUUUCCUUUGAAUUUUAUGAGUCAUGCCAUAAUGUAAGGUUUAGACAUGUUUUCCACACAGCACUAUUAAACAGGAAAACCUAGGAAACAAUUAGGAUGAAAGGCUAAAACAUUUUCCUCAGCUUUCAAGUCUGGAAAAUUUCAAAUGACUCAACACGACCAUUAUUUUUUUUCCCUCACACAUCAUCCUAGAAGAAAGGGCUAUUAUUUUAUGAGUUACAGCUUUUCUCCACCAUUUUAAUUUUGUCUCAGUCUGCAGACAAAAGAUUUUCAAUGGCCACAUAUGACAUUGACCUCAGGCUGGGAAGGGCACAUGCAAAACAGUACAGGAAACCUGUGUGCUUAAAACCUUGAAAAAAUGGUUGUGUAGAGAAGAAUUUUGACUUUCAGUAUAGUUCACUCUUAUCAGAAAUUGUGAAUUAUUUUUAAGUAAUUCCUUAAGAUAAUACACAGUAUGGUGACAAAAGAAAGCUCCUUGUCAGUAGUUUAGAAUGGUUGUUAAAGACAAUAUUGUUUCUCAACUCAAAGGAUUUUAUUGAGGAUUUUUCUUCCCCACAUGAUCAGUGUGAAACACAAGCAAUAGAACCUGUUCCACCAAAGCAGUAAAAUCCUACUGAUAGUCCUAGUGGGUUCUCUUGAGAAACUUGAAACUUAAAGCUGUAGUACUGUUGACCUAGUCCUGUGGCAGAGGAGAACUAUAAAGAGUAAAGGUCUCUUUGGUUCAGUUACAUACCUCAUGGAAAUAUUUUUUCUUCCUGAAAGUUGAGUGUGGUAAUAAAGCUGUGAGAGAGUGGACCUUUUCCAUUAUUUUUCUUUAUGUAUUUGCCACUACAAAGAAUGUAUUUUAUAAUACAUAUAAGUAAAUAUGUAUGUGUGUAUAUGUUAAACCUUAUGAUACACAUAUUUUGAAUGACAAGGGUCACACUGAAACCUGUGAAAGAGGGUGGAAUGAGAAGAAGGGUAUGAAGGCUAGAGUAUCAUCAGGAGAUCUGUGCAAGUCUGAAGUGGCGUUUUAAGUGUGCCAAUGGAGGAGGAGGUUCAAAUCAAAGCUAGUGGAGAGAACCUCCUAACUUCUUACAGUUUGCUAGUGGCCAGCUUUGCUCCUAAAAGAUCCCUGUGACAAAGGUGAGAAGAUGCUAAAGACGUGGUAUUUUGUCCUGCUCUGUUGGCUGUCCUUGCGGCUUGAAGCUAAUCCUGGUCUUAAAGUGAGGAUUACUCAGAAGGGGCUGGACUAUGGUAUGAGACAAUCUGAGGUAAAGGUGAUGACCAAGAAUUUUCCAAGCUAUCCACAUUGCAGGAGGAUUGGGAUGGAGCUCGUGAAGCAAGCAGUAUUGAAAGAGACCUUCCCAAGCUGGAGCGGGCAGGAGAGUUUGUCAGUUGUUAAGGUCAACUAUGUAAUUUCUAGGCUUAGAAUUAAUGCUGUAGAUUUCCCAGAAACUUCUGCUUCUUUUAUUCCUGGCACUGGCAUUUGUCUGUCAGUGGCACAGGCUUCUGCUACAAUCAGUGCAGACUGGAGAAUGAACGCAUGGCUGCUCAAAGGCAAAGGAGAAAUUACUGUGUCCAUCUCAGGACUGUUUAUUUCCAUUAUCUUCAAUGUGUCACGGGAUAGCACAGGCCACUUGUCCACAUUGCUACACAAUUGCCAGCUGAGCAUUGGCAGUGUAAAAGUCAAGUUAAGUGGAAGAUCUAGCUGGAUCUACAGCUUUCUAUCUGGUUAUCUUGAGAAGCCCAUUCACACCAAAUUGGAUAAAAAUCUAUGCCUAAAUAUCAAAUACAAAAUCCAAAUGAUGGAUGCACAGCUUAGAAAGCAUAAGGUCUUAAGCCAGAUUGACACCUUUGCACAAGUAGACUAUUCCCUACUUAGUUCUCCAGCAGUCUUCAAAUCACACAUUAACUUGGAUUUGAAGGGCACAGUCUAUCCAGUAGGUAAUCACACAGACCCUCCCUUUAUGCCAGCUCCAUUUGCUCUCCCAAACCAGGGUGAUUCCAUGAUAUACCUGGGAGUCUCCAAUUAUUUUCUAAAGUCUGCUUCACUGGCUUACUACAGAGCAGGGGCCUUUAACAUCACCAUCUCCGAAGAGCUUGCUACUACUUUUAGCUUAAAUACCUCCCUACUCAAAUAUUUUGUCUCUGAGACGUCUCUGAGUCAGGCAGCAGCAUGCCCAGUGCUGCUGAAUCUGAUGGCCACUUUACCUCCUGCAGUCAGUUUAAACGCAGACAGAUGUGUCCUACAGAUCACUGGUUCUGUAGAAGUGUUUGCUGCUCUGCCAAAUUCAACCACCCAGUACAUCUUUACAGGGAAUCUGACAGCCAGUACCACAGCCAAUUUGACAAUAACCAAACAGAAGUUGAUUAUCUCAUUACUUCUGAAGAGGUUCCAGUUCUCCCUACUGCACUCCAAUCUUGGCUUCCCUGAGCAGAAGUCAGUGGUGGAGAAUUUUCUGUCAUAUGCUUUACGGAGAGUAGUAAUCCCAGUAAUCAAUGAUAAACUAGAAAAAGGAUUUCCUCUUCUUAACUUGGCCCACACUAGCUUGACUGGACCUGCAAUAAAAAUGAAACAGGGUCAUCUGGUUAUUUCCACUGAUGUUCACUACCAACCAGAGGACAGGGAAGAUGAGGACCUCCACAGCCACUCCUGAUGUCUUUUUACGUCUAAAGAAUAAUAAGAUAAAAGUGUAGUUUUCCUUCUGUUAGCUUGUAGGGAGUAGAUGCUAUAACAUUAGAAGCAUGACUUUUCAUCACUAUUUUUAGUGUUUUAGUAAAACUUUUUAAGCACUUUUCACAAAGUGAAUGUGUUGGUUUUUAGUACAGUGAGUGUAGCUAACUGUUAUUGAUGCUUUGGAAAACUUGUUGCAGCCUGAUCUGAAGCAGCAACUGGUUCUUUUCAGUAGAGUUAUAGACACCACAUUUUCUUAAUUUUAGGAACAAGUUCUUGCAUUAUUCAAUUUAUCUCCAUUAGCAUUAGCAAAAUUUUGUGUAUGGAGUGAGAUCUUAUUCUUUGUAAGCGUUUCACAAUUUGUCCCUUUGUAACUGCAUACCAAGAGUGGGAAGAAAUUUAUAAAAUCCAGUUAAUUGCCAUAUAGUUAUAGAAUCAUAUAAUCUAGUCCAGACACUGGCUCAGAACAGGACUAAUUAUAUGAGGUUAUUGAGGACUGUGUCCAGUCAACUCUUGAAUGCCUUCAAGGAUGGAGAUUCCACAGUCUCUCUAUGCAAUCUGUUCCACUGUUUAACUCCCUUCAGAAUAAUUUUUUUUCCUAAUAUCAAAUCAGCAUUUCCCAUGUUCCAGCUUGUUCUGUGGCCUUUUGUACUUUCACCAUACACUUCCAAGAUGAGACUGAUUCCAUUUUCUCUGUAGUCUCUGAUCAAAACAUUGCAGGCAACAAAAUGGCCUUUCAAGCCCUCUCUUCUCCAAGCUGAACAGGCCUAAUCUCUCAGACUCUCCUUGUAGUUCAUGUUCUCAAGCCUCCUUGAGAACCUGCACCUGCUGGUGCAGUCCAGAGGCCAAGCCUUGCUAGUAAAAGCAGCCUUUUCCUUUGUCACUAGUCCCCCGUCUUACUGAGCAAUAAGCCCAUCUUCUUCUGCUAUAAAUGUACUUAGGGAAACCUUUCCUGUUGCACUUUGGCUUUCCUGACUUUAUUCCUAUAUGUGCAAACAAGAUCUUUGUGUUCCUUCCAAGUAUCUGAUCUCGAUUUCCAUCUUCUGUAUGCUUCCUUUUUGUGUUUGAGCUCACUCAGGAGCUCCAAGUUCAUCCAUUAUGGCUUUCUGCCACAAUUGCUCAACUGUCUGAACAUUGUAAUGGACUAUUCGUAUGCUCUGAGGCGGCUGCCCUUGAAGAUUAGCCAGCUCUUCUGGGCCUCUGCUCUCCAGGGCAAUUUCCCACAGAUAUUGCCAAGCAGGUCCCUGUAAUCUUCUCAUCUGAAGUCUAUGGUUGUAAUUCUGUUCUUUGUCUUGCUGCUCCUCUCAGGAUCUUAAAAUCCACAGUUUCAUGCUCCAAGCUGCAGCCAAGGCUGUCCUUGGCUUCUAUAUCAUCCAGCAGUUGCUCCUUGUUUGUGAGUCGCUGUACCUCUUUGAGGGUAUCAAUCUCCAAAUAAUUCUAUACUUCUAAUAUUUAUAAAAUGGAGAUGGUAGCUUUAUUUUGUCUUAUGUCAGUGUCAUCAGAGACACUCAACCAGGAGAUAUUAAGUGUGUGAAAAGAAAAACUAGUCUGCAAAUGUCUCACCAUAGAAAGUUCAGUUCCAGCUUGGGACAGAAAUGUGGCUUCCACAGUUUUAGCUGAAUCAGUUUAUUUAUCUAGCUGGCUGAUACAGUUUUUUAAUAUAAAAAAGCAUCCUGAAACCAAACAGCAGUAAAUCACAGCAUCUGAUUCAUUGUAUUCUGUAGUAGACUCAAAAGAAAUGAAGAUUUUUAAUUAGUUUGGUGUCCUUCACUGAUAUCAGGAAAUUUGUUCUGCCUAUUUGGAGGACAAUUCAUGAGAUACAGGGGAAAAAGAAAACUGAAGCUCUGGUGUCUAUCUGUUUUCUCUUCCAAAGGGACACACGCUUCAGGACUGACCAAGUACCAUGGCUCAAUGGACCUUUUCAGGCUAGAGUCAUGGCUUAGCACAACACUGUCUCUUAAGCUCUAGUCCUCUGGCUGUUCACAAAGUGAUGUAGUAAUUUCUCUGAGGACUAAAGAGGAUGUCACAUAAACCAACAGUUCCCCCUGAAUCACCCUAUACUUACCUACAGGUCAUUAUACCAUUUUUGAUCUGGUGGUGUCUCCUGAUUGAUAGAACCAUGGAAAUUAUUCAUGUUCAUCAAUUUGCUGCAGAAUAGAGAGCAUGGAGAAAAGGGAGAAUUGGAGAGCACGGAAAAGGGACCACUGGAGCACUGAGCCAGAGGCAGGGGCAGGAAGCAUGCAAAACCAGUGUUCUGCAGAGAUAUACAACAAGUUUGUAGUAUUGCCAUACUGAUAACUUCAUUUGGUUUCUUGUGUAUUGGGUAAAAAGGGUUGAAACCUAUAUCCUCUUUAUCAUACACAUCAAAGAAAAUUCAGAGAAAGCUGAAAUAAAACACUCCUCUUAGAGGCUCUUUGUAACACCUUGAAGGGUGAAAAGUUUGGAUG